AUGGCUCCUAUCAAAGUCGGCAUUAUCGGCUACGGCUUUUCUGGCAAGAGCUUCCACCUCCCGUUCAUCACGGCCAUCCCAGACUACGAGGUCAUAGCCAUCUUCCAGCGAGCUGAGGCUCCCUCAGACCCGGCAUCCGCCCCCAAGGGCUCACACUGCACUGUUGACUACCCAAAGGCCAAGCAUCACCGCACAGCCGACGACUUUUUUGCCGACACUGAAAUCCAAUUUGUUGUGGUUGCAACUCACACCGACACGCAUUCUUUUUUUACUAAGAAAGCGCUUCUUGCAGGCAAACAUGUGAUUGUGGACAAGCCGUUUGCAAUGUCUUCAGAUGAAGCCGACGAGAUGAUCAAGUUAUCCGCUGAAAAAAGCCUCAUCCUCACGUGCUUUCAGAAUAGGCGAUGGGACGGUGAUUUCCAAACGCUCCGCCACCUCAUCAGUGUUGGCGCGCUGGGCGACAUCAAGGAAGCUGAGAUUCACUACGACUUUGAAUCUCCCCCGUGGUUAUCCAAGAUGACCGACAAGAAAUAUACGCCUGGCUCGGGCAUGGCUUUUGGUCUCGGGACCCAUAGCAUCGACCAGGCUCUGGUCCUCUUCGGCCGGCCGCAGUCUGUGACGGGCUUCUUCCGCACCCAGCGUGACAUCGAGAGCGAGGUCGAAGACUCUUUCACGAUUAUCCUGCAGUACAGCGGGAGCCAGAAAGACCUGCUCGUAACUGUCAAGACAUCUGUCACUACCUCUAUGGCAAAGCAGCUCAAGCAACUCGUCCGAGGAACAAAGGGGUCUUUCGUCAAGUUCCAACAACGCAGCACCUGCCCUCAAGAGGAGCAUAUCGAGGCCGGGAAGAAGCCACUCGACGAAGGGUUUGGUCUCGAAGAUGAGAAAAUGCACGGCAUCCUUACCACACGCGAAGAGUUUGACAGCAGUGUCCAGACCUAUGAUCCGGAGACGAAGAAGUACACGGGCCCGUACCCCAGUAUUACUGGGCGCUGGAUGGGCUUAUACGAGAAUGUCGCGGAUGCUAUCAAUGGCAAGGCAGAGUUGGCUGUUAAGCCGACGCAGUCAAGGGAUGGGCUGAGGGUGUUAGAGCUUGCAAGAGAGUCGCACGAGAAAGGUGUCACAGUUCAGUGGAAGUGA